AUGUCGACAUAUGAGAGAUGCGAGGCUGUCACCAACGAUGACGUUGACUGGGGACAGAAUAUAAAAGACCUACCACCUCAAAGGCAACAUGAAUUUAUGGCCUCUCUUAGUAGAAGCAUCGCGGCAAUGCAACAGAUGCAUGCCUCGUGUAAACAUCCAGACCCUAACAUUGGAGGAGGAGACGAGAUUGAAGUCGACUUGGCCCGCGUUAUAGCGUCUACUCAUUGGCAGCUUGAUAACAUCUUGAUUCGCAAGAGUCAAAUACAAACAGAUCGUGCAGUCAUGCUACAUUUGUUAGCGGAUGCAUAUCAAGUACGCUAUAGACGGAGAGAAAAGUCGGAUGACCUUGAAUGCGCCAUUCAACUUUGUGAGGAAGCUCAAUCUACGUUUCCACAGGAUGACGAAGAUACCAAAGAGGUUAUCUACCACCUAGCGGAACUGCACAACUUCAGGUAUCUCGAAACAAGGACGUCUAGUGCUCUCACGAAGGGGAUUGAGUGGGCUAAGCAAGGCAUCGCCGUGACACCUCCAGGUGCCCCCCACCGAAGCUGUUGUGCUCGAGUGCUGGGUAAUUUACUGCACGACCUUUAUGCACGAACGGGCAAACCGGAACAUCUCGAUCAGUCCAUAUUUUGGGGACAGGAGAUGAUUAAAGAGCUCCGCCGAGCAGAAGAUCUCACUGCCGCGAGGAAUAUCAUGUCCAUUCGGCUCCAGGACAGAUACGAGCUUACGGGGGCCAUAGCUGACCUCCAACAGUCAAUCAUGUAUGCGCAGAGGGUGCUAAACGAUACAGGCGAAGAAGAUGAACUGUUCGGAAUCAGACUUAGUAACGUGGCGAACAAGUAUCGUUCUCGUUAUGAGAGGAGUAGGAACGAGGAAGAUUUGGAUUCGGCCAUUCGGCUUGCCAUGCAGGCUACCGAGACAGACCUGACAGAGCAUGAUGCACGAAUUAUAUGCAGUGGUCUUGGAGCGUGUUUUCACCAAAAGUUUGAUCUAUCAAACAAUACGGAGCAUAUUGAUCAGUCCAUUCAAUGGACGGAGCUCGCCCUUGCGCUUACGCCGGAGACAGAUGUCCAUUAUCCUCUCUAUGUGUUCAAUCUCGGAAACCAGCUCCGCGCAAGAUACGAAGCCAAAAACAACAUAGAAGCCGUCCGCAUCCGUGAUGCAACACCGCAAACCCAAAAUACGCAGCUAAUGGAUUUUUUAUUUCAAUCUAUCGAAUCCCGCCAUCAUCGUCUCAAUAUCGACGAUCUCGACGCGGCCAUCAAGCAUUAUAAAGAUGCUCUGAAUGCUCUACCUGAGGACAGCGUCUAUAGAGCGCGGAUAAUAUACCACACAGGAGCCGCAUUGGUGUCGAGAUAUUAUCGCUUGUACAUGCUACAGGACCUUGAGGAGGCCACCAGUCUAUACGUUGAAACAGCAAACUAUCAGCUCUCUCGCCCACUCGAUCGGAUCCAUGGAGCUCGUAGCGGUGGUGAACUUUAUGCUCUCACGAAAAACUGGGCCAUGGCUACGAGUUGUCUAACGACCGCACUGAAUCUAUUGCCCUUGGUGAGUCCCCGGUCGCUUCAGAGAGACGACCAGCAGCACAUGAUUUCCCAGUUUUCUGGUCUUGCUGCACAGGCUGCUUCAUACGCUCUAGAAGCGGGAUACCCUGCAUACGAAGCCCUUCGGCUCCUUGAGCUGGGUCGUGGCAUGAUUAUGAGUUUUGCAAUCGAUCUUCGAAGUGAUAUAUCGUCACUGAAGAUGGCUCACCCGGACCUCUAUGAGAGAUUUGACAAUCUUCGAGAGAAAAUCAGCGACAAGUCGCCCACUCUAGAGGAUCCCAGCGGGGCCAAUUUUGCCUUGGCCGAGCAAUGGGACUCUGUGAAUGAAAAGGCUGUAGAACGUGAAAGCCUUCGAGAUUCAUACCAAUCUUUCGAAGCUCUAAUCAAAGAGAUCAGAAAGCUCGACGGCUAUGAUAGAUUCCUCUUGCCUUUGACUGAGGUAGACAUGAUGAGCCUCGCCGGAAAUGGGGCCAUUGUGGUUGUGAGUCCAACUGAGCUGCGCUGCGAUGCACUCAUCGUCACGAGCUCCUUCAUUCGACACCUGCCGCUGCCGGAGCUGAAGUACGAAGACAUUACAAAGAAGAUGAACGACGCCAAUGUCGCUUUUGCGAGGACAAGCAUUGCAACACGUGGCGGCGACAACAAGACGCUAUCAAAGAUACUGCUAUGGCUCUGGGACACCACCGUCGAGCCAAUCUGUCGAGUACUCGGCCUUGAAUCGAAGCAGGAGGCGGUGAAGCACAUCUGGUGGAUUGGCACAGGGCCUCUGAGCAAAGCACCUUUUCACGCGGCAGGAAAACAUCCAUCCAAGUCUAAGAACAUCCUCAGUCUUGUUAGUUCGUCGUAUAUAGCCACUAUCAAGGCGCUCUGGUACGCACGACAGGUCGCAAACCCAGACGAGGGCAAGUCGCGGCUGCGGAUUGAGCUCAUCAGCAUGCCGGAUACACCCGGCCAUCCCUCUUUGCCAAACGUCGAGGAAGAGCUCCGAUGCAUCCACGAUAUUGCCGACAAGAAAGUAGACGUCGAGUUCCUUGAUAGGCCGGCAAAGGGGAGGGUUUUGCAGCAGCUUCACCAGCACUGCGAUGAGGGCGUGCUGCGCGUUAUUCACUUUGCAUGCCAUGGCUUGUCAGAUCCGAGGAAUCCGCUGGAGAGCCAUGUUCUGCUACUUGGGGACAUGGGCGAUUCCUCCAACAAGCCCAACGAACCUCGAGCCGCUGGGUUAUCUGUUCGAGAGGUCUCAUCCAUGAAGGUCCAAAAUGCCUAUCUAGCGUACCUCGGCGCCUGCCACACGGCCAACAACUCUGUCAUGAACUUGGCCGAUGAAGGUCUUCACGUGGUCAGCAGCUUUCAGCUAGCUGGGUUUAGGCAUGCUAUCGGAAACAUGUGGAAGGCGGAUGACGAAAGCUGCCGUCUCUUUUCCAAGGAAUUCUACAGCCGCCUGCUCGAGGGGAGUGGCGGAGCAGGGGAGGUGCCUGAAGCGUUUCAUUAUGCUCUCAAGAAAGUAAGGAAAAGCGUAUCACCAGGCGACUUUAUUGGAUGGGUUCCUUUUGUUCACUUUGGAGCCUACUAG